AUGCCUCUGCGCGCCAAAGUGACUAACCCUGCCUUUCGUGCAACUGCUUCAAUGUCGACCUCUCCCGAAACUUCCAAGGAGCUCCCCGGCGACGAGCCUGAUGACGUCCUUUUCAACUCCAUCUACGGUCUUCGUAGCGUUGAGCUCAACCGUCCUAAGAAGCUGAACUCACUCAAUGGCUCGAUGGCACGCAAGAUUCUCCCCCGUUUGAAGGAAUGGGAAAAAUCGCAUCUCGCAAACAUCGUUCUCAUCUCUGGCGCCGGCGAGAAAGCUCUUUGCGCAGGAGGUGAUGUCGCAGCUCUGGCACUCCAGAACGAGAAGGGCGAGGACGGACAGCGUGCAUCGACAGAUUUCUUUGGACUCGAAUACCGCCUCGACCACCUGAUCGCAACAUACUCGAAGCCCGUUAUUUCCUUCAUGGACGGAAUCACCAUGGGUGGCGGCGUCGGCCUCAGCAUGCACGCUCCUUUCCGCAUUGCGACCGAGAAGACCGUUUUCGCCAUGCCCGAGACUACAAUCGGAUUCUUUCCCGACGUUGGUGGCUCGUUCUUCCUUCCUCGACUGGAUGGCGAGGUUGGCACAUACCUGGCUUUGACCUCAGAGCGUCUGAACGGUGUCCAGGCCCUGUACACUGGUAUUGCUACACACUUCCUGCAUUCAAGUGUUCUCGCCAGCGUUACCCAACGUCUUUCCGAGUUGGUGUUCCCUGACGAUGUUGGUCUUCCCGAGCGCCUCGAUACCGUGAACAAGACUAUGGCCGAGUUCUCGCUUGGUCUGCCUUCUCUUAAUGAGGAGCCUAUCUUGUUGGCAGGUGAACUUCGCAACGUCAUUGACCGCUGCUUCAAGUACAACACCGUUGAGGAGAUCUUCCAGGCUCUUGAGGCCGAGGCCCAGAACCAGGAGUCCACCCAGCAGGAAUGGGCUAAGAAGACCCUAGAGACUCUUUCCGUCCGCUCUCCUACCUCGCUCAAGGUCACUCUCCGCCAGUUGCGUCUCGGCAAGAAGUGGAGCAUCUCAGAGACCUUCCAGCGUGAGCACGAAGUUGCCGCCAACUUCAUGCGCCACCCCGAUUUCGUGGAGGGUGUCAAGGCCCGUCUGAUGUCCAAACCUCCUCGCCAGGCCGAGUGGCAGCCCGCCACUCUGGCCGAGGUCACCCAGGAGACCGUCGACCGCUUCUUCACGAUUCCCGAAGGCGAAACCCGCUUGCCUCUGGAGAAUAAGAAGGACUACAACCGCUACCCACACGAGCGUUUCUCUCUCCCUUCGGAGGCCGAGAUUGAGAAAUAUGUGCGCAACGGUGCCGAGUCCAGCAAGCAGGUUCUAAAGUACUUCGUCCACCGGUCCAACCAGAAGGAGGGUGUCGAGGAGAAGGUUUCUGAGGUUUUGAGCCGACGGACAAAAACUGAUGAUACAGGCUACAAGUGGGUAUAA